AUGGGGAUUUUUGACGGGUUGCCCGUACCUCCUGACAAAGCAUAUUUAAGAGAAGAGCUUUCAAGAAUAGAUGAGAGUUGGGCUGCUGCACGUUUUGAUUCAUUGCCUCAUGUUGUCCAUAUUUUAACCUCAAAAGAUCGUGAAGCUGAAGCCCAAGUUUUGAAGGAGCAAAGUGAUGUUGUUGAGGAUGUCGUAGAUGAAGUAGUGCAAUCUUAUCACAAUGGCUUCAAUAAAGCAAUUCAAAAUUAUUCUCAGAUCUUGCGGUUAUUCAGUGAAUCUGCUGAAAGUAUUGCUACGCUAAAGGUUGAUUUGGGUGAAGCAAAGAAACGCCUUGGUACCCGGAAUAAGCAAUUGCAUCAGUUGUGGUAUCGGUCUGUUACACUACGGCACAUAAUCUCUCUUUUAGAUCAAAUUGAAGGCAUAGCUAAGGUUCCAGGUCGUAUUGAGAAACUCAUAGCUGAAAAGCAGUUUUAUGCAGCAGUUCAAUUGCACGCUCAGUCAUCAUUGAUGCUUGAGCGAGAAGGUCUUCAAACGGUUGGUGCUCUUCAAGAUGUGCGAUCUGAGCUGACAAAGUUGCGAGGAGUUCUCUUCUAUAAAAUUUUGGAGGAUUUGCAUGCACAUCUUUACAACAAGGGAGAAUACAGCUCAGUUGCCUCAAGCAUGUAUGAAAGAGAUGAUGAACUGCCGACUACAGCAGCUGUUACUUUUACUAUGAGCAAUUCACAAUCUCUAUCUCGAAGAACAAGGUUGAUGAAAGGUGACAAUUACAGCUUUGCUGAUGGAUCAUACAGACCAAGCUCCAUUGAUGGAGGAUUGUUUGUGAUUGUUUCUCCUCUUGAACCAUCAUAUGAUUUCCCGAUCUCUUAUAUGUUUGCUCGCAUGAUCAAGUUGAUAGUUUCAAUCCUUUCUUCAUUUGAUGGUCAUGAUGAGGAUGAUGUACCUGAUGAGGCAACCUCAGAUGGGCACUCUGCAUCGAUGAGAACAAAUGGUGAUGGGAACAUGAAGGACGUUAAAAUUGUUCCUCGACAUAUAGCAAGUUGGCUUUCAAAUUCUACUCCAGACGAAUUUAUUGAAACCAUUAAAAAGAGUGAUGCUCCACUUCAUGUGAAGUAUUUGCAGACCAUGGUUGAGUGCCUCUGCAUGCUGGGCAAAGUUGCAGCUGCUGGUGCAAUAAUAUGCCAAAGGCUGCGGCCUACAAUUCAUGACAUCAUCACUUCCAAGAUAAAAGCCCAUUCAGAACUUGUAAAUUCUUCAAGGUCUAGCAUUGAUAAAACUGCCCAAACCAGAGGUCUUUGUUUUGUGAAAGGACAACUAGAGAGCUACCAGUUGCCAAAACAGAAGCAUCAGAAUGGGAUAUUGUUGUCAGGGACACUAUUGGCAGUAAGCCCUGUCUCGUCAGUUAUGGCUCCCAUAGGGAAAGCACAGGCUGCUGCAAAAGAGCUUCUUGAUUCAAUUUUGGACACUGUUGUUCGAAUAUUUGAGAAUCAUGUUGUUGUUGGAGAGCUUCUGGAGUUGAAAACUGCUCAUAAUGUUGACAUGAACACACCAAGGUCGUUGACAACAGAUGUAAAUUGGAACCCAGAUUCUGAAUUAUCUCAAGUUACUGGAGGUUACAGUAUUGGCUUUGCCUUGACAGUUUUACAGAGUGAAUGCCAACAACUCAUAUGUGAAAUUCUGCGAGCCACUCCUGAAGCUGCAUCUGCAGAUGCUGCUGUACAAACUGCUAGACUAGCAAGCAAGGCCCCUUCCAAGGGAAAAAAGGAUGGGUCAGAAGAUGGGCUCACAUUUGCUUUUCGCUUCACAGAUGCUACUAUAUCUGUUCCUAACCAAGGUGUUGAUCUCAUUCGUCAAGGAUGGAGCAGGAAGGGUUCAAAUGUGUUACAAGAAGGCUAUGGGUCUGCUACUGUCUUGCCUGAGCAAGGCAUAUAUCUAGCAGCAUCAGUAUAUCGUCCUGUUCUUCAGUUUACAGACAAGGUUGCUUCAAUGCUGCCGAAAAAAUUUUCCCAGCUUGGGAAUGAUGGAUUGCUAGCUUUUGUGGAAAACUUCGUAAAAGAUCAUUUUCUACCAACUAUGUAUGUGGAUUACCGGAAGGGUGUACAGCAGGCCAUAUCAAGCAAGUUCUAUAUGCUCCAAAAAUUUAUAUCAGUAGACAUUAAAUUGUGUGAAGAUGCAACAGUAUCAGCAGAUCAUGAGACAGAUAGUUCUAUCACAGGUCCAGCUGCAUUUCGUCCAAGAGCUCAUACUGUUGCUCCUUAUACACCAUUAAUCGAGAAAGGUCGACCAGUGCUUGGUUGGGCUCAAGCAAUGCCUAAAUUUGCUGGUGACCUUGUGAAGUAUGUGCAAACUUUCCUCGAGCGAACAUAUGAAAGAUUUCUUGAGAAGCAGAGUUACAUGCUGAUUGGAAGGCAUGAUAUUGAGAAGCUGAUGCGAUUUGAACCAGCAAGUGCAUAUUUACCAAAUUCUCUUGGCCAGUCAAAUAUGGUAAACAAUGCUACUGAUGCUGAAUCUUUAGAGAUUGAAUCGGAAUUGAGUGAAUUAUUAUUCAAUCUCCGACCGAUCAAGCAGGAAAAUCUAAUUCGUGAUGAUAACAAACUUAUUUUGCUGGCUUCCCUUAGUGAUUCACUUGAGUAUGUUGCAGACUCAAUUGAAAGGCAAGUUCAUCUUGUUGGAGCAAUAACUGAAAUGACAAACAGGGAGUACAUGGAGGACCAAGAUGCAGAAGAGCCAGAUGACUUUAUUAUUUCACUAACUGCACAGAUUACUCGUAGAGAUGAGGAAAUGGCACCUUUUGUUGCGGGGGUGAAGCAGAAUUACAUAUUUGGUGGAAUUUGUAGCAUUGCAGCAAAUGCAUCCAUCAAGGCCUUGCUUGCUUUCAUCACAGAACAUGAACAAUUGUUUACAGCCGAAGAGUGA